AUGUCUACCACUCAAACUUCUGUUUCUCAAUUACAAUUGAACUCUGUCGCUGAAAACCCAUUGGGUGAAUUAGCCAAAAUUGACAACUGGAAUGAUUUCCAAUUUGCUCCAAUUCGUGAAGCUACUGUCUCUCGUGCUAUGACUUCUCGUUAUUAUCAAGAUAUGGAUAAAUAUGCCAUUUCUGACGUCGUCAUUGUCGGGGCCGGUUCUUCUGGUUUAUCUGCUGCUUAUGUCAUUGCUAAAAACAGACCAGACUUGAAAAUAGCCAUUAUCGAACAGAAUUUGGCUCCAGGUGGUGGAUGUUGGGUUUCCGGUCAAUUAUUGAGUGCCAUGGUUUUAAGAAAACCAGCUGAUCUAUUAUUGAAGGAAAUUGGUGUUGAGUAUGAAGACCAAGGUGACUAUGUUGUCGUCAAGCAUGCGGCUCUAUUUACUUCUACCAUCUUGUCCAAGAUCCUAGCCUUUCCAAACGUCAAAUUAUAUAACGGUACCUGUGUUGAAGACUUAGUCACCAAGCCCAAUGAGCAUGGUAAACUAACAGUCAGCGGUGUUGUCACUAACUGGACUUUAGUAACUUUAGCCCAUGACACUCAAAGUUGUAUGGAUCCAAACGUCAUCGAAUUAGCUGGUUACAGUGACGAUGGUUCCCGUGAUGCUACUCAGAAGCAUGGUGUUAUCUUGUCCACUACUGGUCAUGAUGGCCCAUUUGGUGCUUUCUGUGCCAAAAGAAUUGUUCAAUUAGAUGACAAUAUGAAAUUAGGUGGGAUGAAAGGUCUAGAUAUGAACAGCGCCGAAAGAGGUGUAGUUAACCACGCUGGUAAGUAUCCAGGUGUUGAUAACAUUUACUUUGCUGGUAUGGAAUCUGCCGAAUUGUAUGGUAUUAACCGUAUGGGUCCGAUAUUUUCCAGUAUGUUGAUUUCUGGUGUCAAGGCUGGUUUGGAAAUCGUCAAGCAUUUCUCUGAUUAA